AUGCCGAUGGCUCCAUUCCUACCCAGUCUCCUGCAUCUUAACGACCCCCCACUUAUGAUCCUCCCAACAUCACCCUCCUGCUCAGCCUCAACAUCGGCGCCUGCCGCAAAAAGCCUGGCAUCAGUCAAUGGAUUAGCUCGGAGUGAUAGCAGAAUUGGUCCAAAUUCCCCUGCCACACACAGUCCCGCACCAGGAAAAAUAGAAAAGAAUGCCAACAUCUAUCUUAUGGGUAGCCAAGUAAUCGAAAGCGGCCCAGAAUCCCCUUUCGGAUCCGAAGAAACAGCCAACAUUUCACCCGAUUCUAUUUCGCCCAAACCCUCUAUCAUUCCGAUCAAUGCAUUUGCUACAUCAUCUCCAUCUACUCCUCUUCUUUUCGAAGCCACUUCGAGUAUAUCUUCUCCACGCCCUUCUCAUGUAACCGACUAUAACGCCUCGACGGUACCAGGUUCCUCCUCUUCUUCACCCAGCAUAAAUAGCUCCUGUCAAGUCGGCCUCAAUUGCAACUUUACUGGAGCUACCGAGCCAUUUUCUGGCCAUCUCGAAAGUCAACUAUCUGAGCCGGCUGGGAUAAAGCGUCAAAAAGCUGUGACUUGUACAGCAGAGAUGAUGCUGGCUGCCUCAGUAUCAGCAGCAACUGCGGCAGCCGUAAGUAAUGGGCAGCAAUAUGGGCAGUCGAUGAUGAUAAAUGAAUUCGAUUUCUCCUGGAACUUUGAGCCCAAGGAUGUCGGUAUGUAUAUUUAA